UCUGAACAUCCAAUAACCCCUCCAGGAACGACAAAGCCACAAGUAGGCUUACUCUGCAACUUUGCAGCACUUCAUCCCCUGUUACUUCGUAUCAUUUUCUUUGUAUACCCAAUAGUCCCUCGCUGUUGCCUUUAAACACAUAUCCACGAUGUCUCCCAAAGACGCCCCCGAGCAGUCACCCUCCGAUGAAAUCACCGGCCAGAGUGCUCUUCCAUUGUCCCGGGUCAAGAAGAUUAUACAACUGGACGAAGAUAUUGUACAAUGUUCAACCAACGCUACGUUUGUCAUCUCCGUUGCUACAGAAAUGUUCAUCCAAUACCUCGCAGAGCAAGGGCAUAACGUCGUCAAGUCGGAACGAAAACCACGGAAGAAUAUCCAGUACAAGGAUCUGGCUACGGCAGUUUCGCGAAUUGAUAACCUCGAAUUUCUUGCGGACGUGAUACCCAAGACAACCACUUAUAAGCAAUUCAAAGAGAAGAAGGCGAAGGAAGCCGCCAAAACCCCCGGGGUCGAGAAAGGUCAACGCACACUAAACGGAAACCUCCCGGCAGGGAAUAAAGUAAAUGGCGAUUCGAAGAAGCAUGAUGAAUCGGCGAAAGAAGGCGAUAAACCAUCGAUUUCUGGGCCAUCGAUUACUCUGAUGGUGGAUCGGACCGUUGAUACACAGGCCGGGGGCAAUGGUCAGGAAAAUGACGUGGAGAUGACCGACGAAUGAUUUAUUCGAUUAACUUGCUUGUAAUUGUCUGGGUUUGCAUGAGGAGUUUUGUUAUAUCUAUGGGUUGAUUUUGAUGAUAAGUUAUUGUUGAUCGCAUUGGGUUUGGUUGGUUUCAGCUAGCAGGACGGGAACGGAUGAAGACAAAAAAGUGCUCUGUUGGUCAGUUUUGACAGCAUAAUUAUAUAUGAUAAUGCCAGUGUAGAUAGAAUAAAAUAAUAAUAACAAGAGAGCCAUUUAUCGAAA